AUGAGCGGAGGAGGAACAGUGCAGCAACGCACCACCUACCUCAUUUCCCUCACCCUGGUCAAGGUAGAGGCCGUGGAGGAGAAUGGAGGGGAGGCCAAGAAAACCCCCAAUGGGAAAGGGGCCAAAGCCGGGGCAGGAUCUGGGUUGGGAGAAAAAGCCAGCGAAGAGGCCGGGGCAAGGGCGGCAGUUGAAGUUGGGGCUCCGCUAAAUGCUGAGAAUGGGGCUGGAGUAGUUCAGGGACGACCGCACGGUGCUGACGAUGCUGCUAUUUCGAUGGGAGGAAAUGUUGCUGAGCUUAAAGAGGCUGAGACAAAACCCAUCAGUCCUUCAAAAGACAAAGUACCCUCCACUGCUGAUGCUCCGUUGAAAGGGAGUGAAAAGCCAUCUUCCAACCUCACAAUCUCAUUACCUGCCGAGUGGGCAACAACUCAGAAGUUCAGGUCCACCGAAGCAGACACCAGAUUAGAGAAGACACUGUACACCUCAGAGGCAAAAAAAUGCAGGUCACCAUCACUAACAUGUACAUCACCAAUGGAAGCGAUCGAGCCCAGUCGUACUCCAACCAGGAGCAGCUUCCCUAUGCGGCCAGCAGGACAACGACCUGUGAGUCUGCUGAAGUCACACAGCAGCGUGGCUCCCCGGGGCCGAGACUCCAGGGAGGUUAGGGAACGCAGCCCAACCUCAGCCCAGAGCCUAGACCGUAAGGACAGCCGAAUGGUCAUCCGCUCUCCAGGACCCUGCAGGGCCUCAUGGGCUGAGGCCAGCAGGGCAGAGGGAUGGAGAGAGAUGGGAGACGAGGUUGAAAGAGCUAGAGUCGGAGUACCACUGGAGAUGGGUGGAGGUCUGGCCACUGUGGUGAGAGACAUUCCCAGGAAGGACCGGUUGAAGACAGGCUCAGCCUCUCUGCCUGCCCCUGCUAGUCAAAUACCCAAACCAUCACGCAAGGGCAAGAGCCGUACCCUGGACAACAGUGACCUGAACAGCCUUUCAGAAGACCUGGGGCUGGCCAGGGAGGCCCAGAUGCAGCAGGGCCAGGUGUCGCGAGGCUCUGCUAAAGACAGGAAGAUGCUCAAGUUCAUCAGUGGGAUCUUCACUAAGAGCAGUUCGGGGGCAGUGGGGUCAUCAUCCACAGUGCCUCCUGUCUACAUUCAGAGAGAUUCCAGUGAAGAGGAAGUGAAUAUUGGUAACAGCCAGGAAUGGACCUUGAGUCGAUCCAUCCCUGAGCUGCGACUGGGGAUUCUGGGAAGUCUCAGCGGGAAGUCUGCACUGGUGAACAAAUACAUCACAGGCAGUUAUGUUGCACUUGAAAAGCCUGAUGGUGGAAGGUAUAAAAAAGAAGUGCUGGCAGAUGGACAGAGUCAUUUGCUACUGAUUCGGGAGGAGAGCGGGCCACCUGAUGCACAGUUCAGUAGCUGGGUGGAUGCAGUGAUCAUGGUCUUUAGUCUGGAGAAUGAGGCCAGUUUCCAGGAGCUCUACCAGCUCUAUAGCCAACUCAACUCACACCGCAGCGACAUCCCAAUCAUAGUGGUUGGCACCCAAGACAAAAUCAGUAGCACCAACCCCCGUGUGAUUGAGGACCAGAGAGCCAGGCAGCUGUGUAUCGACGUGAGGCACUCAAUGUUCUAUGAGACCUGCGCCACCUAUGGCUUCAAUGUUGAUCGCGUGUUUUCAGAGGCUGCCCAGAAGAUUGUGGCUCAGAAGAAGCAGGCUGCCCUCCUGGCCUCCUGCAAGUCUCUCCCCAACUCCCCCAGUCACUCUGGUGGUUCAACCCCAGGAUCUUUACCAGGACAGGCCUUUAAUGGUCAGAGUAGUGAUUACGCCUACUCCCUCCCCUCCACCCCUGUGAUUGGUCACAGAGAGCUGCGGGUUGUGGCGGGGGGAGAGGGGGGAGGUAGUGUCAACUCACGUACCAUGAAGAACAUCCCUCAUAGACGGCCCUCCCUUUUCAAGAACCGAGACGUGGAAAAGAAGGCCGGUGAUCCUAAAGCGGACCUGGGCAGCGGACGGGCCAUCCCUAUCAAACAGAGCACCCUUUUCAAGCGGAGUGGGAGCUCACUGAAUAAGGAGUGGAAGAAGAAAUACGUCACCUUGUCCAACAACGGCACACUGUCUUACCACUCCAGCCCCAGUGACUACAUGCAGAACGUGCACGGGAAAGAGAUUGAUCUGCUGCGUGUGACAGUAAAGGUUCCUGGGAAACGUCCUCCGAGAGCUGUGGCUCCAGCGGGCCCCGUCUCCGGGCCCUGCCCUGUCUCCGCUGGAGUUAAUGGGCUGGCAAAAGACUUGGCGACCACUGAAAAUAUCAGUACAGGUGCACAGUUGUGUUCACCCAGCCUGAGUGUUGCUGAUGACAGGGCCGGCGUUCUGUCCCCUCACGGAGGAGAGAGAGCACUUCAGCGCUGUUCUUCCUCAUUGUCCACCAAGGCACAAAGUGUUGAUGCUCUUGAAGGAGCAGCCAGUCCUUUUGCCGGAAAAGACCCCGGCCAAUCAUCUCCCCUGAGUGACCGGAAGAAGAACAGAAGGAAGAAGAGCAUGAAUCAGAAAGGAGAUUCAGCUGUGGGGCAAGCUGAAGCCAAACGCAAAAUGUGGAAAUUAAAGAGCUUUGGUAGCUUGAGAAACAUAAACAAGACAGAGGAAGAGAACACCGACUUCAUCAUAGUGUCGUUCACUGGGCAGACAUGGCACUUUGAGGCGCCCAGUUUGGAGGACAGGGACUCCUGGGUGGCUGCUAUAGAAAGCCAAAUCCUAGCCAGCCUGCAGUCCUGUGAGAGUGGUAGAAAUAAGGCUCGGCGGAGCAGUCAGAGCGAAGCGGUGGCCUUACAAGCAAUCCGUAACGCCAAGGGAAAUAGUCUGUGUGUGGACUGUGAGGCACCAAAUCCCACCUGGGCAAGUCUUAACCUGGGCGCCCUGAUCUGCAUCGAGUGCUCGGGGAUCCACCGCAACCUGGGGACCCACCUUUCUCGUGUCCGCUCCCUGGACCUGGAUGAUUGGCCAGGGGAGCUAACACAAGUUCUUAACGCCAUUGGUAACCACAUGGCAAACAGCAUCUGGGAGAGAUGCACCCAGGGCAGAACCAAGCCCACCCCAAAUGCCACACGCGAGGAGAGAGAGUCAUGGAUUCGCGCCAAGUAUGAGCAGCGGGUUUUUGUGGCACCCUUUGUACCAGCUCCGGGCAUCCAACACACAGAGGACAGCACAUCUAAUAGUAUGCCAGUGUUGCUGCUCUCUGCAGUGACUGAAAGAGACUUGCCGAGGCUGCUGCUACUUUUAGCCCAUAGUACCAAGGAACAGAUCAAUGUUGGGUCCACGUCGAUGCCUCGCACGGCCCUGCACGCAGCUUGUCAACUGGGGGAUGUGGUCAUGACUCAGCUGCUCAUCUGGUAUGGAAGCGAUGUGAAAGCAAAAGAUAACUUGGGUCAGACAGCCCUUAUGAUUGCCAGAAAAACUGCGAGCAAAGGCUGCGUUGAUAUUCUGCUACAACAUGGCUGUCCAAACGAGGCCUCCCCCACCACUGCCACCCCCACCCUCUCCCGUCGAUCUAGUACUGCCAGCCUCGGUCGAACCAGUUCCAGGAAACGGGUGUCAUAGCUUGGACUGAAUGUGCUAACACACAUAUGCCGGGAAGCAACAAGUGACAUGCACAUAGUUUGGGAACCUUGGAGUGCAGGGCUGCAAACAGCAUUGACUUUGGGAAUGGGAAGGGCUGUAAUAAAAGUGACUCUGUGGAGGGUUAUAUAACAGGAUAUAGAGUACGAAAACCUUUGUUUCUGAAGACUGCACCACAUAUCAACUGAAAAGCAAUAUUCAAUCCGUUUGUUGAUGAUACGUACGUAAAUAUAUUGCUAAAACGUCUGUUGUUGUUGACCCCGUUUCCAAAUGAAUCAACAGAAGUUUGUAGCUAUUGUAAGUGAUUUUAGAACAGAUAGUCUAACUGCUACUGUUUCACUUCCUCAUGAAGAAGUGCAAUAAUCUAUCUUUUAUGAUGAAACAAAAAACAAGCUAUCAAAGCUGUUUGAAACUGAAAGUGAAUAUAGCAAGCUGUUCUGGUUGUCUUUAUGGCCACUGUCAAAAGAGAAUUAAUACAUUGUGAGGAGAUUGAGUUUUUGCAAGCUUGUUGUGACGGGACCAACACAGUUACUUUUCUUUGGCUUAAGAAAUAAAGUAUAAACAUACAGUACGUCAUGUUGUUCGUUAUGUGUGCCUGUUGCAACAUUAUGAUGGUCAAGUUGGCCAGUAUCAAUUUUUUUCAGUGAUGAAUCAACUGAAACAGUAAUUAAAUUCUGCUUAGAAUAGAAAAUUGAAUGGUUCGAAAUAUGAAAAUGUCAAUAUUACUCUCACAGGUUAAAGAUAUGAUGUUUUAAUAUACUGUAAAUGUACCUACUGCAUACUUAAUGUUAAACAAUGUAAUGACCGUACAACAUAAGAAAGAAUAAGACUCAGUUUUGUAUAUGGUUUCUUACCGGUAGUUUUGAAAAUAUAUGACUGUCAAGUUUGUUUUGUCAUUGACUUUUAUAAUUUCUUAUUCUUAAACCAUGCCAUUUAAGCAGAAAACCCACAAUCUGAUGCCUUUACAUUUGAAAACACGUUGCUAUUUGUUGAUAACCAUAACUGGACUAUCAAAGAGAUGACAAACAUAAUGGCAUUAGAUAAUGGAGAAACGUUUAAACCAUUCAUUGCAAUGUUGUAUAGGUCUCUCGUUAAUUUUCAAUGAACCAUAAUGUGGUGACAUGGGAAAACGGUGUCAUAUUCACUGUAGAUGCUUUGUUGGGGGAGAAAAUCUGUAUGAACUGAGAGAAAUGGUAAA